UUCACACCUUGAGCCAUGGAAGCUCUGCAAGCUUCCCUCCCGCAAGUCCGUCACACCCAAUUCGAACACACUGAUAAAAUCAAACGCAACCUCACCAAGAAAGGCGUCCACCCAACUCCCAAGAUCGUCCACACCGUCCGCAAAAAAGAAAUCCAAAAACACAACCGCAAGCUCAACCGCCUCGCGGGGGCAGAUCCAUCUCCGCCGUUCUCGCAGACCCAAAAACAGGCCUUGGCCGAAGAAACCCAUUUCCGAACUCUCAAGCGCGAGUUCAGGGACUUCACCAAAGCUAUCAAAGCGAAGAGUGGCGGCGAGGAAUUCAUGGUUGGGAGGCCUUGGGAGGGGAUUGAGAGAAUUGGGUUCCGAGAGCUCGCCAGUACUAGUGCGGAGUACGGCGGAGAGAAGCUGAAGAAGGAGGAGCUGAAUGCGUUGAGGGAAAUGUUCGAGGCCCGGAAGCUCGAGGAGUUGAAAUGGGUGUUGGAUGAUGAUAUUGAGAUGAAAGAAGAGUGGUUCAAUGGUGAAGACAGGGUCUGGGACCCUUCUAAGCGGCGGAGACGUGGCGAGGGCGAGGUGAUUCAGUUCCUUGUUGAUAGGCUUAGUUCGACCGAGUUUUCGGCGAGGGACUGGAAGCUUUCGAAGAUGAUGAAACAGUCAGGGUUGCAGUUCACUGAAGGUCAGAUGCUUAAAAUUCUUGGAGGACUUGGUGCUAAGGGAUGUUGGAAACAGGCAUUGUCUGUUGUGGAUUGGGCAUACAAUGAUAAGGGGAAUAAACAUUACAAAAGCAGGUUCGUAUAUACAAAACUUUUGGCAGUUCUUGGGAAGGCACGAAGGCCCCAUGAAGCUCUUCGCAUUUUCAAUCAGAUGCUUGGAGAUUUCAACAUAUAUCCUGAUGUUGCUGCCUACCAUAGCAUUGUGGUUACACUUGGUCAAACCGGUCUUCUAAAGGAAUUGCUGAAGAUUAUUGAAUGCAUGAGGCAGAAACCUUUCAAAGGAAAUAAGAGUUUGUCUCGCAUGAACUGGGACCCUGUUGUUGAACCCGAUGUCAUUGUGUAUAAUGCUUUACUGAAUGCUUGUGCUCAAACCCAUCAGUGGAAGGGUGUAUCUUGGGUCUUUAACCAGUUGAGGAAGAGUGGCCUGAAACCUAAUGGAGCAACAUAUGGACUUGCUAUGGAGGUAAUGCUGCAAUCUGGGAAAUAUGACCUUGUCCACGAACUCUUUAGGAAAAUGAAAAAAAGUGGAGAAGCUCCAAAAGCUCUUAACUACAAAGUUAUUGUCAGAGCUUUUUGGUGUGAAGGGAAAAUUGAUGAAGCAGUGGAAGCAGUUAGGGAUAUGGAACAAAGAGGAGUGGUUGGAACAGGCAGUGUAUAUUAUGAGUUAGCUUGCUGCCUUUGCAACAGUGGCAGGUGGCAGGAUGCCCUGGUAGAAGUUGAGAAGAUGAAAAAGGUACCAAAUACUAAACCUUUGGAGGUCACCUUCACAGGCAUGAUAACAUCUUCCAUGGAGGGAAGACGCAUUGAUGACUGCAUAUCUAUAUUUGAACACAUGAAAACCCAGUGUUCCCCUAACAUAGGGACCAUAAAUGCAAUGCUGAAAGUCUUUGGACGUAGCGAUAUGUUUUUCAAAGCUAAAGAAUUGUUUGAAGAAAUCAAGACGGUUAAACCUGAUUCUGAUCCGUUACCAGAUGGAGGUGGUACUUCCCUUGCCCCCGAUGAGUACACAUAUAUCUCAAUGCUGAAGGCAUCUGCCAGUGCUCUACAAUGGGAAUACUUUGAACAUGUGUACAAGGAAAUGGCUUUGUCUGGAUAUCAAAUCGAUCAAAGUAAACAUGCAUCGCUACUUGUGGAAGCAUCCAGAGCUGGGAAGUGCCAUCUACUCGAGCAUGCAUUUGACGCAAUUUUGGAAGCUGGAGAAAUCCCCCAUUCGUUGUUCUUCACUGAAAUGGUAUAUCAAGCUACAGUCCGGCGUGAUUAUAAGAGGGCCGUAACCUUGGUCAGCGCCAUGGCUCACGCCCCGUUUCAAAUCAGCGAAAGGCAGUGGACGGACCUUUUCGAGAAAAUUGGAGACGCGAUCAGUCAGGAUGGUUUAGAGGAACUGCUGGAUGCUCUAAACAAUUGUGAUGUAACAUCGGAAGCCACGGUCAUAAACUUGAAAAGAUCAUUGCUUUAUCUUUGUCGGUCUUACAGAUCAAGAGGCUUAUCAAGUUCCGGCUAUUUUGGCAGUGGAGCCACAGAUACAUCAUCCUCGGUCGAUAGCAACGAGGGAUUUGAUGGUAACAAACUGGUUAUUCCGAAUCAUUAUUUGGAUUCGGUUGAUAGUAUCCCCAAGCCGGGGAGGGAUCAUCUUGUUGGUGAGAGUAUUGACGUUCCCUCAGAUGAGUUUUCUGUUGGUAAGACCCGCACCAGAAGAGACAUAGACAUGGUUAGGUCAAUGGAUUAUGUUUCAGAUGAAGAUGGAGAACACUCAGAAGUCGAUGAGGAAAUUGAAACACUGGUAAAUGGAGUUGAUUCUCACGACUCGGAUUUGCCCGCGGCAAAUGAAAUACUGGAAGCUUGGAAGGAAAGAAGGAAAAGGGAUGGGAUACUCUUCCCCUUUCAUUCGAACCAGAUCCCUUCAGAAAGAUGAACAUCUCAGAUUUCAAUUUAGCAUAUUUCUGUCAAUGUGCAUAUAAGAAAAGUAUUUUGGCCUACAACUCUCAAACUCAAUGUAUUUACAGAUGCAUAUAUCAAAUUUUAUGUUUCAGUCUU